AUGGAGAACAGGACGGAGUUGAGCGAAUUCAUCCUCAUGGGCCUGACCAAUCUCCAGGGGUUGGAGCACUUUCUCUUUGCACUCUUCCUGCUUCUCUAUGUGGCCAGCAUGCUGGGUAAUGGGGCCAUAGUAGCCAUGGCACUGAUGGAGCCCCGGCUUCACACCCCCAUGUACUUUUUCCUAGGGAAUCUCUCCUGCCUGGACAUCUGCUAUUCCACAGUCACCAUGCCCAAGAUGCUGUCUGGUUUCCUCUCGGGAUGCCAGACCAUCUCUUUCGCUGGCUGCCUGGCCCAGCUCCACUUCCUCCACUUCCUGGGUAGCAGUGAGGCCGUGCUGCUGGCUGUCAUGGCCUAUGACCGCUAUGUGGCCAUCUGCAACCCACUGUGCUACAGGCUGGUCAUGAGACAACGGUCCUGCCUGCUCCUGGCAACAGCCAGCUGGGUCACUGGAUUCCUGCACGCCCUGAUGCACACGGUCAUGACCUCCCAGCUGCAAUUCUGUGGCCCCGGCUGUGUCCCCCACUUCUUCUGUGACAUCAAGCCCCUGCUGAGCCUGGCCUGCGGCAGCACCCACCUCAACCUGACCCUACUCAACAUCGUCACUGGGGGCAUUGUAGUCAACCCCUUUAUCCUCACGCUCCUCUCCUACCUCUACAUAAUCUUCUUCCUGCUCCUGAAGGUCCAGUCGUGGGAAAGCAGGAGAAAGGCCUUUUCCACAUGCGCCUCCCACCUUACGGUGGUGUCUCUAUUCUACGGGGGGGCCAUCUUGACCUAUGUGCCCCCCUCCUCCGGGGAAUCUCCUGAAUGGGACAUGAUGAUUGUUCUCCUCUACAGCGUGGUCACUCCUGUCCUGAACCCCGUGAUCUACACCCUGAGGAACAAGGAGGUGCAGUCUGCCCUGAGGAAAAACCUGCACAGAAAACUCUUCCCAGACAGAAUAUGA